AUGGAAAUGAUUCCACUUCUUGAAACUCCUAAAGAAUCUAUUAGAAAAAGAAAUGACAAUCAUCUUGAAAGCUUCAGCCUUAUCUGGCUUAAUAAUAAUGAAAAUGUUGAUAUCCAAAGAGAAUUACGUAAUAUAAUUAAUCAUAUUGAAACAUUUGAUGACGUUGAGGAAUGUAAAGAUUAUAUUGAAAAAACAUCAGAAAAUGAUCGAUUAGUUCUUGUUACGAAUGGUGAAUUCGGUCAACAAAUUAUUCCUUCAAUUCAUCAAUUAAGACAAAUCUCAUCAAUUUACAUCAAUUCAGAAGAUAAACAAUGGACAGAUGAUUUUGACAAGUUAAAAGGUGUCCAUGUUGAAAUGGAUGAACUGGUUUCACAAAUCCAUGAAGAUCAUAAAAAUCCUCGAAAAAUAGAAGAACCUGUAUGGAUGAAUAUGUUUACAACAAUAAAUGAUGCAGGAAAAUCAACAACAGGAAUCAAUGGUCAAUUUGCAUUUUCUCAAUUAUUACUUGAUUGUCUUCUUCGAUUAAAAUCAAAUGAAAAUGAUCGGAAUGAAUUAAUUUCAUGUUGUGAAAAAGAAUAUGAAGGAAAUCAAAAUGAAUUAAAUCAUCUUCAAGAAUUUCAGAGUAGUUAUUCAUCGGAUAAUGUUUUAUGGUGGUAUACUCGUGAAUCUUUCUUUUAUAAAACAUUGAAUGCAGCUUUAAGAAAAGAAAGUAUUCAUAUGAUUUAUUUAUAUCGUUCAUUUAUUAUUGAUAUACAAAAUCAAUUAGAAAAACAUCAAUGCCAAUGUGCUACUCGUGUUUAUCGAAGUCAAUUAAUAUCAACUGAUGAAUUAAAUUAUCUUAAAAAUAGUGUUGGGCAAUAUGUUUCAGUGAAUUCAUUUCUUUCGACGAGUUUUCAAAAAGAAAUUGCAAAUUUUUAUCUGGGUGAUACAAAUCAUCGAUGGACCGAUUUUGAAAAAGUUUUAUUUGAAAUUGAUGCUGAUCCGAACGUUGUUACAACAAAACCAUUUGCUGAUAUUAGUCAAUUUAGUGAUUUUCUUGAUGAAUCAGAAGUUCUUUUUAUGGUUGGAUCAAUAUUUCGUUUAAAUUCAAUUAUUCAUGAUGAUGAAAAUCAAAUUUGGAUUAUUGAAAUGUGUUUAUGUAGUGAUAAUGAACAUAAUUUAAAACAAAUUCUUAUGGAUAUGAAAAAUGAAAUUGGAAAUGGUGAAACAAAUCUUUGUAUUCUAGGAAAAGUUGUACGAAGAAUGGGUCAUCUCGAUUUAGCGAAGACAUAUUAUUAUCGUUGUUUAGAUGAACUUUCACAAAAUGAUCCUUUAGUUCUUACUGUUUAUAAAGAUUUGGCUAAAAUUGCUUCUCAACAAAAAGAUUAUGAAGAACAUCUUCGACUGAGACGUAUUUUAGCGGAAAUCAAAGAGAAAAUACAAUUAAAUGAGAUUGAGAUUGAGAUAAGUCAAACAGAUAAAUUAACUUACAAUGACACAAUACAAAAACGAAAAUCAAAAAAUUAUAUGCUAUGUAAUUGGGAUUUAAAAUUAUUGAUAUGUAGUUUUAUUCUUAUUUUGAUGAUUGGAACUGGAAUAUUUGCAUUAAGAUAUAUGAUUACAAAAAAUCCAUCAACAUCUUCAGAAGAAUGGACACCGACUUGUACGGAUGGUAUUAAGAAUCACGAUGAAACCGAUGUCGACUGUGGUGGUACAGCUUGCUCGAAAAAAUGUUUACCUCAGCAAGGUUGUAAGUCAAACUCAGACUGUACAAGUAACAACUGCAAUACAACAACGAAGAAAUGUCUAAGUAGGAAAGAUUUUUAA